AUGGUUUCCAAUCUUGCCGACGAGACAGCCCCGUUGCUGGUGGCGGGACCGCCACAGCGGGAGACGGUUCACGGCCAGCGACUUCCUGUAACCGCUGAUUUCAGUUCCAAUGACGAUCCAGACAAUCCACUCAACUGGACUCCGCGCUUCAAAUGGGGAAUUGUGGCCUUGCUGGCCCUCACAAGCUUUACGGUGACCUUCAACUGCAUGUCGGUAAUCCCAGUGGCGCGUCACAUCAUCGAGGAACUAGAGGGCGGCAACACGUCCAGCUCCGCCUCCGUGCUUCCGAUCACGAUCUGGGAGCUAGGGGAAGCCGCCGGGCCUAUCUUCAUCGGGCCGCUAUCGGAGGUCAUCGGCAGGCACCGGAUCAUCAAUGCUGCAAAUUCCGUCUUCAUCCUCGCCACGAUAUGCGCCGCUGUUUCCCGAAGUACCUCGUUGUUCAUUGCCUCGCGCGCGAUGACCGGCAUGGCCGUGUCAUCCAACGUCCUUAAUCCCGCCAUCGUAGGCGACAUAUUCGUGCCUGAUCAAAGAGGCACCGCCAUCAGUCUGAUCAUGUUCGCGCCUCUCUUGGGUGGUACCGUCGGACCUGCCCUGAGCGGCUUACUUUCGCAGAGCCUGGGCUGGCGAUGCGUACUCUGGGUCUGCGUCGCGCUCGCGGCAGCGUGCGGAUUUGCAUUUCUUACAUAUUUCCAGGAGACAUAUAGUAUCGUCAUUCUUCGCCGGAGAGUGUCCAAACGGCGUACGCAACCCGGAAGCGAGCGUGUUUAUAAUGACGCAGCAGGCAUCGACCUCGGGAAGAGCUCAGUCAGGUUGUGGUCGUCUAUCCUACGGCCCUUCAAAGUGCUCUAUGGCUCAGGUGUUCUAGCAAGCCUUGCGCUCUUCGGCUCGGUCGUCUUUUCUCAAAUUUAUGUACUCUCGGUGACGCUUCCACUCAUCCUGGGAGAUGUUUAUGGGCUAUCGCCGGCGGCGGUUGGCUCGGCUUUUGUCGCAAAUGGCUUUGGAUCCUUUAUCAGUGUCUUGAUCUGCAACUUAGGGCUUGACAGGGCCUAUGUCAAGCUCCGUGAGGCCAACGGAGGAGUAGGGAUGCCAGAACAUCGGUUGCCUAUGGCCAUUGUCGGCGCGUUAUCCUUACCUCCUGCUGUGGCUUUAUACGGCUGGUGUGCUGAGUACAGGCUACCUCUCACUCUCUUUCUCGCGUCCGUCAUCUUCAUACGAUUUUCGCUGCUUUUGGUCAUCCUACCGCUUAUGGCGUAUGUAGUGGACGCCUCCGGGCUGCACUCAGCAUCCGCUUUGACAGGUGUCAUCGUUCUGCGAUGCCUGGCUAGUGCAUUUCUACCACUUUUGAUGGCAUCAGGUGUGGAACAAUUUGGCUACGGUCGAGGGUUUUUGGUACUUGCCAGUCUCAAUCUCCUUUUAGCUCUCGUGCCAAUCGCCAUCCAACGCUAUGGUGGCGCGUGGAGGAAGCAUUCUAAGUACACCAGGAUUUGA